AUGGCAGACACCAGCAAGACUGCAUCUUCGUGCUGCCGCUCUGGCUCUCCUAAGAUGCAGGUCCCUCGGAUAAAUAUACCCACAGAAGGCCUGAAGACGACCCUGCUUGUCAAUAACAUACAUUGUUCCUCCUGUGUGGCCUACGCUAAGGAAGUCCUACAUGUUCUCCCUCAUAUUAAUGACAUCGAGAUUUCCAUCCUUGCACACGAAGUGACAGUCCACCACGGCUCUGAGACAACCACAUCCGAUCUUGUAAAGGCGCUCUCCGACGCCGCGUUCGAAGUAUACCAUGCCGACACUUACAACCAAUCCGGAGUCAAAGUCGGUGAUUUGGAUACCUCUUCGUCAGUGGGCAGUCCGUGGCCGGAGUCUGGCCUCUUGAACUCUCCUCGAUCCCGAAAGAUCUUGGGAAGGUUGCGCUCUGCGUCCCCAGAUACGCGGAAAUCACACCAUAUCGCAAACUGCCUGGUCUGCAGACAGGAAUAUGAAGCUGGGUCUAACUUGGGCCAUAAAGGGGACCGGUUGGGAGUUCCUCAUCCAAGUCAAGAGAGCCAUAUAGAGACACCAAAGCGAACACCAACUCCGCAGUUACCCGGGCCAGUGUCUCGAUCAGCCGUGGCUCCAGUGGUGCUUGCAAAAGACCCGCUGAGCAUUGGUGGAAUGACCUGCGCUUCUUGUGCCAACGCUGUCACGGCUGAAAUACAAUCCUCAAGCCAUGUUGUUUCAGCUACAGUCAGUCUUAUCACAAACAGUGCUGAAGUGUUGUUUCAAGGCCCCAAGGAAAAUAUCGACAAGGUUAUCCGCCAGGUUAAGGAUAUUGGAUUCGAGGCGUCUGUUGAAAAAGUUUCGCUCCAACAGGGCCCUCUCAAGGAUGCUUACGUCGCAAAUGUGAGCAUCAAGGGCAUGACCUGUAGCUCUUGCGUCGGGUCUGUUACCAGAGCACUUGAUGCUUGUCCAUAUAUUACCAAUGCCACGAUACAUCUACUGGGGAACUCGGGGAGGGUAGAGUUCCAAGGCAAAGAAAAUCUUAAUGAUAUCGUCACCAGAAUAGAAGACUUGGGUUUUGAAGCUACAAUCGUUGACUGUGGUUCACUGGCUGAUGACUCCCCUGCUUCCGAAGAGGGAGCAAAAAGGAGAACUAUUCAGGUCAAGAUAGAUGGGAUGUUCUGUCCACAUUGCCCUCAAAAGGUUGUGGAUGCUCUUAAAGGAAUCUCAGACGGAGCUGUGACCAUUGACAAUGAACUCACCUUACAAGACCCGGUCCUCACCCUCUCCUAUACUCCAAACUCUCCGUCCAUGACUAUACGAAAUAUCCUUUCUACCAUCGAUGCCGCAAAUGAAGUUUUCAAAACAACAGUCUAUCACCCCCCUACAAUCGAGGACCGCUCUAAGGCCAUGCAGAUGCAUGAACAAAGGCGGCUGCUCGUCCGCCUCCUGUUUACUUUCAUUGUGGCUAUCCCAGAAUUCCUCAUCGGUAUACUCUGGAUGUCUUUAGUCCCAAAGUCAAACAGUAUCCGGAAAUAUCUUGAGGAGCCGAUGUGGGUAGGAUCUGUCUCUCGUGCGGAGUGGGCGCUUUUCAUUCUUACCACCCCUGUUAUGUUUUUUGGCACAGAUGUGUUUCACGCUCGUGCAUUCAAAGAAAUCCGCGCUCUAUGGAGACCAGGGAGUCGUGUGCCUAUCCUCAGGCGAUUCUACCGCUUCGGUAGCAUGAACAUGCUUAUCUCCGCCGGAACAAUGGUUGCCUAUUUUGCUUCAUUGGCUGUUCUUAUUUUGAAAUCACGCAUCCCUGCUGAUGAACACGGGUCUGGAGAUAUAGUUACCUAUUUCGAUACGGUCGUCUUCCUGACGCUUUUCAUAUUGGUUGGUCGUGCCCUUGAGGCAUAUAGUAAGGCAAAAACUGGAGAUGCCGUUGCUAUGCUGGGCAAGCUUCGCCCCUCCGAUGCUAUUCUGGUUCUUGACCACAUUCCCUCUGACCAGGUUGACCCAAAUAAUAGCACUAUUCAGCGUAUAGUUGUUGAUUUGCUAGAACUUGGCGAUGUUGUUGUGAUUCCCCAUGGAGGAUCCCCUCCUGCCGACGGUAUCAUAACUGGAACUGACUCUUACAAAUUUGACGAAAGUUCUCUUACGGGAGAAUCAAUGCCUGUCACAAAAUCUAAAGGCGACAAGGUUUUCUCUGGUUCAGUCAAUGUCGGACGGCCUGUUUCAAUUCAGAUUACUGAUCUGGGAAGUACAUCUAUGCUUGAUCAAAUCGUUGCUGUCGUACGAGAGGGACAGGCAAAAAGAGCUCCAGUUGAACGCAUUGCGGAUGCUAUAACUGGAUACUUUGUGCCUACGAUCACUCUGAUUGCCAUCUUAACGUUCGUUAUCUGGCUUAGUUUGGGGCAAUCAGGUGUGCUUCCUCCCGAUUACCUGGACUCAGAACAAGGCGGUUGGCCUUUCUGGAGCUUGCAGUUUGCUAUCGCCGUCUUUGUUGUGGCAUGCCCCUGUGGACUUGCACUCGCUGCCCCCACAGCCCUAUUUGUCGGUGGUGGACUCGCUGCGAAGCGUGGAAUUCUUGUGAGAGGCGGAGGAGAGGCGUUCCAAGAAGCAAGCCGAUUGGACUCCAUUGUUUUUGACAAGACGGGCACCCUUACCGAAGGCGGUGCCCUUCGGGUUUCUGACCAUGAAGUCUUAGUUACCGAUGAGCGAGAUCGUGAGAUCGCAUGGGCCUUAGGAAAAGCACUAGAAGAAAGCAGCACCCAUCCAAUUGCCCGUGCUAUAGUCGAGUUCUGUACUGAGAGAAGCUCGGCCACUAUCAAAGAGGCUUCUGUUGAAGAAAUCCCGGGUCAUGGUAUGAAAGGAGUGUUCACAGUCCAUCUUAAUGGUAGCGACGAAGGUCUUGAGUACGAAGCAUCGAUAGGCAACCAGCGUCUCGUCGAACUUUUGGGCAGAGAAGACCCGGAUAUAUAUUUCUUGCCGAGCAUACUGUCUCGGUAUCACUCUGCCGGCAAAUCAUCUGCGAUCCUUUCUAUUCGCAAAGCGAAUGAUUCUGCAAAGUUUGUUCCCGCCAUAAUCUUUGCAACGUCGGAUCCUCUUCGUCAUGAAGCCGCACAAGUGGUCUCCCAGCUCCAAGCUAGAAAUAUUGAUGUGCAUAUGUGUACUGGAGACAAUGAAAUAACGGCUCAUGCUGUAGCCUCUGUGCUUGGAAUUCCUAGGUCAAAUGUCAUGGCUAAUGUUCUUCCGUCACAGAAAGCAGAAUAUAUCAAAAAGAUACAGAACAAUGAACUAGGAAUCAGAGCGCAGGCUUCAUCCACAAAUUCAAAAAGCAAAAAUAAGAGGAAUAUCGUCACUUUCGUUGGUGACGGUACCAACGAUUCCCCUGCCCUUGCAGCUGCAGACGUCAGCAUCGCCAUGGCAUCAGGAUCUGAUGUUGCCGUGAAUACUGCAGGAUUCAUUCUUCUCAACUCCGAUUUAAACACCAUUCUUGAUCUCUGCAAACUAAGUCGUCGAGUUUUCAAUCGCGUGAGGUGGAAUUUUCUCUGGGCUGCGAUAUAUAAUGUGUCUCUCAUCCCGGUUGCCGCUGGCGUCUUCUAUCCGAUCGUUAGCGGACAUACAGUACGUGACGGGAUGAUUGUGAACCGUCAUUGGAGAUUGGAUCCUGUUUGGGCCGCACUCGCUAUGGCUUUAAGUAGCGUCUCGGUUGUUUGUAGUAGCUUAGCUCUGAGGGUGGAAUUUACGGCUGGGAUUCGGAGAUUGCUAAGGAAGGCAAAUCGAUAG